UCACCAGGACUCCUCAUAUCAAGGACCUAACGAACAGGAGGCGGACAACUCUGACUCAACCCUGAGACGGACAGAAAGACCUCCCCAGACCGUUACCUAGAUGCUGUGUGAAGGUGGAGUCUUUUAGGGGUAGAGAGAGAGAGAGAGAGAGAGAGAGAUGAGAAGAGAGCGAGAGGAGCAACAGAACAAGACAGAUGAUUAUCUGAUAUCCGCAUGGAUUUACCAACGUUCCUCUUUAAGUCUUAAGUCUUGAAUCCUGUUUACUCCUCAGAGUGGAAUCUGAAAAUGCUUUCCUGCACAUGUGAAGUGUAGCGGCUGUUGGACAGGUAGAUUUUGUGGUGCACUUUUUUUUUAUUUCGCUGGAACUAAGGAAUUUUACACAUGGCAAACUUUCUAACUGGACAUCAGUAAACUUUAAAUUUUAAGAUUGUUUUCUCCUUUACUUUUUUUUUUUUUUUUUUUUACUUAAAUUGAGCAACUGCCUGGAAAUUAAAGCGUCUUACUGGAGCAGCCAACAAUAACAGUCAAAAUUUCACAAACUAUUUAGAAAGAAUUAGAAAACAGAAGGAAUGUGAAAAAAAACGGGUUUAUUACUGGAAUACACACACUAAUUGGUGGAUUGUUUUUAUGUAAUCUUUGUUCAUUCAGACUGAUUUUUUUUUCCAAAACAACCUUGGACUGCAGACUUUCUGAUCAUCAGCCUGAAACCCUUCCACAGUGGAGAAGAGAGGUCAGUGGAAUAUCAGCGUGAAACACAGUGACUUACUGAACAGUCAUCACACUAUCAAAAAUAAUUCUAGAUAUUGAAGAAUUUCAUGUAGGUGCUAAAUAAUUUGGACUUUGCACUGGGACCAUCUCGCCCAGUCUGGACUGUGGAGGGUUCUCCUCCCUGCCCUCCCAGCCUAUCCUCGCCCCCAGCAGCAUGUCCCAGGCUCUGAGGUUGCCUCUAGUCCUCCACACAGCACACUACCAUGAUCAGAUGGGCUGCUGGAAGGAGUAAGGCUGCCUCUGCCUCGUCCUUCUCCAGGGCUGGGUUAGGGGCUCGUUUUGGUUCUGGGACCAGCUCCAGACUAAGGCCAACACUGCUUUCCUCCCUGUCUUUGCCUCUCCUGGUUGCCCUUGUGGUUUUCUCAUUCUUACCUGGGGCAGCCUGCCAUCAGCUGAGCAGAGACAGACUGAGGCUCGCCAACCCACGAACUCUGAGGGUCCCACUGAACAUUUCGGAGACUGAGUUUGUCUCUAGGUCCAGGGCCACUGGGGGCCCACUGGGUGGGACUGGGGGAUCGCAGGGUAGGCAUGUGCGCAGCUACAAUCAUCUCCAAGGGGACAUCCGUAAGAGGAAGCUGUUCUCUUUCCAGAAGUUUUUCCUGAGGAUCGAUAAGAAUGGAAAGGUCAAUGGGACCAAGAGCAAGGAUGACCCCCUCAGUAUUCUGGAAAUCACAUCGGUGGACGUGGGAGUGGUGGCCAUCAAAGGGCUGAACAGCAACUACUAUCUGGCUAUCAGCAGGAAGGGAGAGCUGUACGGAGCGAGAGAGUUCGGUGUCGACUGCACCCUGAAGGAGCGGAUUGAGGAGAACGGCUACAACACAUAUGCGUCAGCCAAGUGGAGGAACAAGAAGAGGCAGAUGUUUGUGGGUCUGAAUGUCCACGGGAAGCCACUGAGAGGGAAGAAAACCCGCAGGAAGAACACGGCAACCCACUUCCUUCCAAUUAUGGUGUGAACUGGAGAACUUAACUGGAGAAGGAGGAUAUGCAGCACUGGACAGAGAGGUUUUCAAUACUGAAAAAGCUGUAAAAAAAAUUAAGACAUUCACUGAAAAAUCUCUCAUUUGGGAACAAGGCACUAACACUGUUACACAAAAAUGUUGUCUCUGCUCCUGACUUUGACUGAGAUCGUGUAUUUUAUUUGGAAGAUGAUAUCUGUGUUGUCUGUGGCACGGGAUGUACUAUUUAUCCUUUUUUCUGUGCCAAACUGUUUGCAACCAGAGUAUGUGGUGGCAACACAGAGAUGCAGAAGUAUCUCAAGAUGUUAUUUAUAAUGUAUAUUAUCCUGUGAGACAUCAGAUGAUCUGCAACAUAAAAAAGGAGACAUAGAAAACGGAUAAGACGAGGGACAUGAUCAAUCAGUUUAUCACGACAGCAUUAAAUAAUAGAGGAUACAACACAUUUAAAGCAAAUGUUUGAUACUUAACCACUGUGUUUUGACUGUAUUGUAAUGAUUUAUUUAUUUUGUGAAAUAUUUAACUGAAGGGGAACACUUACAAGGCAAGCAUCCUUUGCAUUCUUUACUUUUUAUAGGAACUAUAUUAUGUGAAAAUAA